AUGAUUUACAAUCCAAUAAUCUAUACACUUUUAUUCACGAUGGGUUUUACUCUUUUGAUUGAUUCAUUUCAAGCUUCACCCAUUCAUAAUGAUGAAUUACAUACUGAUAAAGCAUCAGACGAAGAUCUGACCGAUUCUACGGCAUCAUUUUACAAGCGUACUUUUAGUAACAGUGACAUUCCUGAUGGUUAUGUAGGUAUCAUGUUGGGCAAACGUCGAUUAGAAUCACGUGCAGUUCGACUUCCAACCGAAGCUAUUCUUCUUGGUAAACGUCGAUUACCCCAUGAAGCUGUGCUCUUGGGAAGACGAGAUUUACCAAAUGAAGCGAUUCUCUUAGGCAAACGUCGAAUACCUUAUGAAGCUGUGCUCUUAGGCAAACGCGAUUUACCCAACGAAGCCAUACUUUUGGGAAGACGCGAUUUACCCAACGAAGCUAUACUUUUGGGAAAACGAGAUUUACCUAAUGAAGCUAUACUUUUGGGAAAACGAGAUUUACCUAAUGAAGCUAUACUUUUGGGAAAGCGAGAUUUACCUAAUGAAGCUAUACUUUUGGGAAAACGAGAUUUACCUAAUGAAGGUGUUCUUCUUGGCAAAUGA